AUGAAAAAAAAAAGAAAGUGUGGAAAAAAUGGUAAGAAUGGAAAUAAGAAUACAGGAGAAGGAUUCAGAAAUGUAAAAAGAAAAAUAGAUGAUGAAAAUAAUACAAAAUUGGAAGUAUCAUUUUAUGGGCAUAGAAAUAUUGUACUUAAAGAUAUUCAAAAUUUUAUAAUAAAUUUAAGAAUAAAUAAAAAUAUUAUAAAAAAUAAUAUGUUUCAAAUAAAAAAUAAUGACAAUUUAUCAAAUUUAAUAAUUAUGAUAAUACCUAAUUUAUCAUGUACAUAUAUAAGAGAUAUAACAACAGAUAAUGUUUUUAAUAAAUUACAAAAAAAUAAUAAUUUUAGAAAAAUUCAAUUAGAAGAAAAUUGUGUAAAAAGUGCUUAUAGUAAUAUUAUUGCUAAAAUAUUAAAUAUACCAAUAUUCAAAAAUAAGGAAAAAAUAAACAAUGUUCUUAAUUUUAAUAUAGAAAAUUUUUUAUUAACAAAAGAACAAAUGUUUUUAUAUAGAUAUCCUAAUUCAGAUUCUGUUAAUUAUAUUAAUUUUGAUCAUAUUUACUAUCAAAAAAAAACAAAAAAUAUUUCUGAUAUAAAAAGGUAUUUAUUUUCCUCUGUCAAUUCGGUGUAUACUUCUACCCACGAAUCCGACCCAGAAAAAGAAACGGAAAAAGAAACGGAAAAAGAAACGGACAACACUUCAAAUGAUACAACGUCAAAAAUUAAUUAUGAAAAAAAAAAAAAAACUUUUACAGAUGAGCAUAUAGAAAUAUAUGCAAAAAUAUUGGAAAAGCUUAUAAAUGCUUCAUCUUCCAUAACAUUAGAAAAAACAACUAAAAAAUUAAGUUCAAACUCAAAAGUGGAUUCUCAAAAUAAUCAAAAAAAAAAAGAUGAAAUAAAACAAAAUGGUGGUGAUAAUUCAAAAGUGAUAGAAAACGCACUAUUAAAUGGUUGUAAUGCUGAUGAAAAUGUUGAAACAGAUCUUAUAUGUGAUAAAGGAUGUGACGAAACUGCAAAUGGCGAAACGGUAGAUGCACAGGAUCAUGAGAGUGAAAUAGAAACUAUUCCUAAAACAGAACCCAAUACAAACAAAUUUGAAUUCGAUAUAAAUAAUAUUUUUAGUAUAGAUUGUGAAAUGUGUGAAACAUCAGGUGGACAUAGAGAACUUACAAAAGUUACAAUAGUAGAUGCAUAUAUGAAUAUAAUUUAUGAUUCAUAUGUAUUGCCUGAUAAUAAAAUAACAAAUUAUUUAACAUUAUAUUCAGGAAUAAAUGAAAACACAUUAAAAAAUGUUAAUACAAAAUUAACAGAUGUACAAAAUGAAUUAAAAAAUAUAUUAAAUAAUAAAUCAAUACUUAUUGGGCAUUCUCUAGAAAAUGAUUUACAUGCUUUAAAAAUUAAACAUGAUUAUAUUAUUGAUACUUCAGUUAUUUAUUCUAAUAAUUAUUAUAAUUUUUUAAAACCUUCUCUUUUUAAUCUUUCAAAAAAACAUUUAAAUAUUACAAUGGAAAGAGAGAAUGGCCAUAAUUCGAUAGACGAUGCUCGCAUUAGUAUGUUUCUGGCACUAAAAAAGAUUAGCGAGUUCGACAGCUCCGAAAGUUAUUACGGAUUUUACCCACUUCCACUAUUUAUGGAAAAAAAUAAUUAUUUAAAUAUAAAGAGUAAUAUAAUUAGUGAACAAGAUGUGAACUCAAAAUAUGAUAAAAAUAUGUGUAUAUAUGAUUCUAAGAAUAUAUAUAUUGAAGAAAAAUUUUCAAAAUAUAUAAUGCGAAACUGUUUUUAUUGUUCAUGUGAAAAUGAUGAUGAAUGUAUAGAAAAUGUUGUAAAUAAUAUUAAAAAUGAAAAUAAAAUAAAAAAUUAUAUUUUAAUUUUAAGAGAAUAUGAAAAUUUAUGUAAUAGUAAAAUUUAUAAUUGUAUAAAAAAUUCAAAAGAAAAAUCUUUUAACAUUGAAGACAAUGAAAAGUUUUUUGAUUUUCCAACAAGAGUUGAAACAAACGAUAUAUUAAAUAAAUUAAGUAAAAAUAUAGAACAUGUUUAUAAUAAUAUGAAAGAACAAGAUGUUUUAAUUUUAUUAUCAUAUAGCAAUAAUUAUUUAGCUAUUGAAAAAGUUAAAGAUACAUUAAAUUUAGCAAAAGAAAUAUUUUAUUCAAAUAUAAUAAAUAUAGAUGAUAAAAUAAAAUGUUUAAAUGAUAAAAUUCAAAAUAUUGAACAAAAUAUUAAAAAUAAAAAAGAAAAUAAACAAAUUAUAGAUAAAGAUUCACCUUUUUUAGAGUUUAAACAUUUAUUAUAUACAUAUGAUUUACACAUUCUUAAUUAUUUAUAUCAACAUAAAAAUAGUGACAAAAAUGCAUAUAUAAUGAAUUCGAUAACUAAUUUAAAAAAUACUUUAUGUUUUAAUGUAAAGAAAAAAAACUACAAUGGUUGGUUUUCCCUACUUCUUAAAAAUUAA